GGGCUCUCAUGGAGACAGGCUCGCCCGCCCGGGCGACGGCGAUGGCGCCGCUGCUUGAGUACGAGCGGCAGCUGGUGCUGGAACUGCUGGACGCGGACGGGCUGGUAGUGUGCGCCCGCGGGCUCGGCGCGGACCGGCUCCUCUACCACUUCCUCCGGCUGCACUGCCACCCGGCGUGCCUGGUGCUGGUGCUCAACACGCAGCCGGCCGAGGAGGAGUACUUUAUCAAUCAGCUGAAUAUAGAAGGAGUCGAACAUCUCCCUCGCCGUGUGACAAAUGAAAUCACAAGUAGCAGUCGCUAUGAGGUGUACACACAAGGAGGUGUGAUAUUUGCAACAAGUCGAAUACUUGUGGUUGAUUUCUUGACUGAUAGAAUACCUUCAGAUUUAAUUACCGGCAUCUUGGUGUAUAGAGCUCACAGAAUAAUCGAGUCUUGUCAAGAAGCAUUCAUCUUGCGCCUCUUUCGACAGAAAAACAAGCGUGGUUUUAUUAAAGCUUUCACAGACAACGCUAUUGCCUUUGACACUGGCUUUUGUCACGUGGAAAGAGUGAUGAGAAAUCUUUUCGUAAGGAAGCUGUAUCUGUGGCCAAGGUUCCAUGUAGCAGUAAACUCGUUUUUAGAACAGCAUAAACCUGAAGUCGUAGAAAUUCAUGUUUCUAUGACACCUGCCAUGCUUGCUAUACAGACUGCUAUUCUGGACAUUUUAAAUGCAUGUCUAAAGGAACUAAAAUGCCAUAACCCGUCACUUGAAGUUGAAGAUUUAUCUUUAGAAAAUGCUAUUGGAAAACCUUUUGACAAGACAAUCCGCCAUUAUCUGGAUCCUUUGUGGCACCAGCUUGGAGCCAAGACUAAAUCCUUAGUUCAGGAUUUGAAGAUAUUACGAACUUUGCUGCAAUAUCUCUCUCAAUAUGACUGUAUCACAUUUCUUAAUCUUCUGGAGUCUCUCAGAGCAACAGAGAAGGCAUUUGGUCAGAAUUCAGGUUGGCUGUUUCUUGACUCCAGCACCUCAAUGUUUAUAAAUGCUCGAGCGAGGGUUUAUCAUGUUCCAGAUGUCAAAAUGAGUAAAAAAGGCAAAAUGCCUGAAAAACUGGAAAUUAAAGAAGAACAAGAAACAAAAAAGGAGCUGGUCCUAGAAAGCAACCCAAAGUGGGAAGCACUCACAGAAGUAUUGAAAGAAAUCGAGGCAGAGAAUAAGGAGAGUGAAGCGCUUGGUGGUCCAGGACAAGUUCUCAUUUGCGCGAGUGAUGACAGGACGUGUUCCCAGCUGCGAGAGUACCUCACUGUCGGAGCAGAGGCCUUCUUGUUGAGGCUCUACAGGAAAACCUUUGAGAAGGACAGCAAAGCCGAAGACUUGUGGAUGAGGUUUAGGAAGGAGGAUGGCUCAAGGAGAAUUAUGAAGUCCAACAAAAGGCCCAAAGACCUGCAAAACAAAGACAGGGCUUCUGCCAGAAAGAGGGCUCUCAAAAAGAAGAAAGCAAGGUUGACCCUCACUCAGAUGGUGGGAAAAUUAGAAGAACCGGAGGAGGAGGAGGGAGGUGUGGAGGAGGGCUAUCCAAGAGACCUUAGCAGUAGCCCCGAAAGCUGCUCAGAAGAAAUUAAGCACGAAGAGUUUGAUUUAAACAUGUCCUCGGACGCCGCGUACGGAAUCCUGAAAGACCCCCUCACCAUCAUCCACCCGCUCCUGGGCUGCAGCGACCCCUACGCUCUGACACGGGUGCUCCACGAGUUGGAGCCCAGAUACGUGGUCCUGUACGAUGCCGAGCUGACUUUCGUGCGUCAGCUUGAGAUUUACAGGGCCAGCCGGCCGGGGAAACCCCUGAGGGUUUACUUUCUUAUAUACGGAGGUUCAACCGAGGAACAACGCUAUCUCACUGCUUUGCGGAAAGAAAAGGAAGCUUUUGAAAAACUCAUAAGGGAAAAGGCUAGCAUGGUUGUCCCUGAAGAAAGAGAAGGCAGAGAUGAAACGAACCUCGACCUUGUAAGAGGCUGUGUGUCUGCAGGUACUCCCGCUGACACGCGCAAAGCCGGUGGCCAGGAGCAGAAUGGUACCCAGCAAAGCAUCGUUGUGGACAUGCGUGAGUUUCGCAGCGAACUCCCAUCUCUGAUCCACCGUCGGGGCAUCGACAUCGAGCCCGUGACCUUAGAGGUCGGAGACUACAUUCUGACUCCAGAAAUGUGUGUGGAGCGCAAGAGCAUCAGCGAUCUGAUCGGCUCUUUGAACAACGGCCGCCUCUACAGCCAGUGCAUCUCCAUGUCCCGCUACUACAAGCGGCCGGUGCUUCUGAUCGAGUUUGACCCCACUAAGCCCUUCUCCCUCAUGUCCCGAGGCGCCUUCCACCAGGAGAUCUCCAGCAACGAUGUCAGCUCCAAGCUCACCCUGCUUACGCUGCACUUCCCCAGGCUCCGGCUCCUCUGGUGCCCGUCCCCGCAUGCCACCGCCGAGCUGUUUGAGGAGCUGAAACAGAACAAGCCACAGCCAGACGCGGGCAUGGCCAUGGCCGUGACAGCCGAUUCCGAGACCCUCCCCGAGGCAGAGAAGUACAACCCCGGUCCCCAGGACUUCUUGUUAAAAAUGCCAGGCGUGAAUGCCAAAAACUGUCGCUCCUUGAUGAACCACGUUAAGAACAUCGCCGAGUUAGCAGGCCUGUCCCUCGACGAGCUGGCGAGCGUGCUGGGGAACGCGGCCAGUGCCAAGCAGCUCCACGACUUCAUUCACACCUCCUAUGCAGAGGUCCUGUCCAAAGGGAAAAUGAAAAGAUGAACACAGUGCUGCCUGUUUUCUUAUUCUGUGACUGUGCUUCUCAGCAGCUCUUGCCCGCCCUCACAGGUCUUUACUAAUUAGCAGCCCAGUAGCUCAUUCUCUUCCAGCCUUGGAACGAUUGUGCUGUUUCCUCAUCAGGGCACCAGAGGCCAAGGCUCAGCCCUGAACUCUGCGUUUAGGAAUCCUUUUUACUUCUCACGCCUGCUCUCCUCCCUCCCUGUACCAUCCACACCAGGUCUAGUAUGUUCCAUUUUUACGUGAGGUGCUGUCAGGGUCAGGGAAAGAGUCUGCAGGUGUUUAUAGGAGACCAUUUCUGAAACACACAGAAACUUAGGUUUCCUCCACAGACUGAUAAAACGCACAGUCAUGUUCUUGCCCUCUGCCUACAGGGGGGCCCCUGGGACACUGAGAAGGGAACAUCUCUGCCAUUCCUGACCUGUUCUCUCCUCCAUGUUUUCCUCAGCUGCGUGCUUCUCCCACCAGUCUGCCUCUGGGAUAAAUUCAUGGGGACGUCCUGCUGCUAAUUUAAGAAAGACAUCCACCUCUGAAACCAGCCGAUCGGUCUUUAAUCACCUGAAGAUAUGUAGCGUAUACCAUAACUAUAACUUGGUUGUGCAAAACCAGUGUUUUUAAAACAUAGAAUGAAUUACCUAUUUACAAAACUGGAUGGUGUAGGUGAAGGAGCCCUGAAAAUGCUCAGUUUUUACAGGUGUUUUAUCUUCCCGAGUCCCAGCGAUCUCUAAGCCCAGAUGGCCAGUCCCCGAGUCUCAUAGACUCCCUCCUUCCCAGCCUCUCCUCACCUGUCUUGGGACCCCCAGCUCGGGUCCUCUCCCAGGUCUCCACCCACUGCAUCCCUGUGCCAGAGUGGCCUCCUGCCUCUGUGUGAGGACCGGCACCCAAGCAAAGGAGGGACCCACAGUUUUUAAGAUUUGACCUUCUUUCCUUGAGCUAGAAGUGUCGUAAGGAAAUGGAAGAUCAAUGCAUAGAUAUAUAAAAAUCCUAAAGAAAUUUAUAUAUGUUUUAAAAUCCAUAAAGAAAACAAUCUCAUUCCAGACCGCCUUCUGGUUGAUCUAGUUUCGCUUCUUACUGAAGUAUACAUACAGGACAUUCACAACAUCUUUGUGCAGUUUUUAAACUUUUAUAUUGAAACAUUAUUAACUUAGGUAUUAUUCACAUAUUCAGUGAUGAGUAGUAAGUUUUCUACCUCAAGAGCUGCUGCAGACAUCAGUUCCGCUGGCCGCGUCACAUAGGGUCACGUUUUGUCAGCGUCAGCCAUGUUUUUAUUUGUCACACUGUUUGAACUUGGAGUAGACAGUGGACCAUGCAACACAAAAUGGUCUUCAAUUUAAUAGCAGUCUUUCAACUGUCAUCUCGAAGCUGAGCCUCUCAUCUUGACAUCUUGACUUCUUGUAUGUCAAUAUACGUUGAAGUGUGUGGAUUUUGAACUCUAUACGAGGGUACUGCAAGAAUGAAUUAAGGGGUCUCAAGGAGCCAUAUUUGUUAUCCUCUAACUCUUUAGAGUGACUUGGAGAGGAGAGAAGAGGACAAGAAAUGAAAAUUAGUUUAAGGUAGGAUAAAGAUUGGGCUACUAAUUUUGUUCCAGGGUUAAAAAUAUACCCUUGAGAACAGAAAACAAAAAUGUCAGGCACAUAUGUUAACUCUCACCUUUGUAUGAAUUUCUUUAUUUAAGCAUUCAGUCAUAGUUAAAAGUACAUUAAAAUAGAUACCACCUCAAAUAGUAAUGGUUAUAAUUUUUUUUCACUCUGUCCUAGCACUUCUGCUUGAGAGAUGUAAUUUCUAUUUUUUUUCUCCUGGUAUAAUUCCACCUGCCUUUUAUUGUUCUUUCGUUACAUAAAAGGAAAAUCCUAUCAGAGCACAUUCUUUGAUAAGGAUUUCACUCCAAGUUAAGUUUUCAAAAAUAAGCUCUCUUAAAGCUGCCAUUUUAAACAGUCUUGUUAUCUGCUACAACAUAGAAAAAAAACAGUUUUUCCUUAGAGAGCCAGUGUCCUCUGGCUCCCAGUUUCUGUUAUUUGCUGUAGUACCUACUAGACAUCUUAAAGACGGUAUACCAGCUCAUGUGUGUUUGAGCUAUGAGCAUUAGUUUCUAAUGAACUCUAAAAUGGUCAUUAUAGUUGAAGGGCUCUCACUGCCACUCCCUCUUCCAACUAAAUUAAUAUAUUUUAGUGUUUCCAGUUGUGGAAAGCCUUCAGUACAACCAUCAUGUAUUUAGUUUUGUUAAGUUCUUUUACAAAUUUUUAUAGUCUAAGAAUCUUUGGCAAAGAACGAGAAAUGCGUGCUGUUGCAAAAACUAUAUCACUUUAUUUUCUAGCAUCAUUUUAUUAACUUUGCCUUUUUCUUUGAAAAUCGCGAAUAUACACUUUACUUAUGAACUCAUGCUUAGCUUUUUUAAAACCUUUUUUAAAAACUUGAGGCCAGCGUUUUUCUAGUUUACAAGUUUUUUGCAUAAAACUCAGAGCAUAUGAAAUAUUGUGAGAAAUCGUUUUCAGUUUGGUUUAACUCAUAGUGUCUCUCGAUACUUUCUUAAAAUUAUGUAAGAAGAAAUCAUUUUUAAUAGUGGCCAUAAAUAAUAUCUUUUUGACAGUAAGUUACCGUUUCUUUACUUGGAGGCUUAGUAUGUCUACAUGUCUGUGUAUGUUUGGUACAUCCAGAAUGCAGUUUCCAAGCACAUGAGGGGCUGAAAAUAAUUGUCUCACUUAUCAACCCACCAAAACACAGAGGGUUAAGUCUAGAUUCAGUUGUGUUGAGAUAGCAGAGCAUAGAGGGAGUAAAUGGCCUGCAGCAGGAAAACCUACACUGAAGCCAGUCUGGAGAAGUGGGUGGGGGAGAAAGACAGGCAUUAUUCGUCUUUGCUUUUGUUUUUCAAGCAUAAUUUGAUAUUCUUUUGGCUCAGAAAACUUCUUUAGGGAAAUUCCCUUUUCUUUUGUGUUCAGUUUAUCCUAGGAAUGUCCCUUAAGGACCAACAUUUCAGGAAAAUUCUUUUCUCAGGCUUGAGCAUAUUAAAAUUUACCCAGACUUCGACAUGAGUUGUCACUUUUCUUCAUUAUUUUGCUUUCUAUUUUGGUUUAUAGCUAUUUCCUGUCUGAUUCUGAACUUCAGUACUUAAUUUACCAUCUUUAUCCACGGGUUUUUGGUGGCCUCCACCAGUGUUGUUUUUUUGAUUUAAGGGUAUAUAAGCCAAAAUUUGGGUGGCAGGGAGACCUAACCAUUUACAUCAAUUUACAACAGAGCUGUUUGUGUGCGUUUUAAUAAAAUGUGUAUUUAUUUGGUAUUCUCCUCAGCAUUCUGUGGGCAAGGUACAAAUAACCAUGUGUAGUGAAAGGGAAUAUAUCCCCAGUACGUUAUAGUUACCAGUGUGUUGGUAAAUAUAAUUUAAAAUUCAGAGAAUAUUUAAUGGAUUUUUUUAUGCAGAAUAAAAGAUUAGAGCUGAAAUGCGCUUAGAACCAUUGCUUUGGCAUUUGACUGGCUUGGUAAACCCAUUUUCUAAGGCUUCAGCGUAUUUUUCUUUUGGUUAUUUUCCUUUACUGCUUUUCAUUUUGUAGCAUGUGUCCUUAAGGAGGGGAGAGAACCAUUCUUCUGAAAAUACUCAUUUGUUGACAGUGUAAUGAAUAUGUGGUGAGUACAAUGCCUGGGACACCUUAACUAACAAAGAUUAAUUUCCUGCCACCUCUGACUCAUACAUUUUUGUUCCUUUAACGUCAAAGUCGAGAGAAGUCAAUUAUUCUUUUGACACAUCGAGAAUUUAUUGUAGCCUCUUAAGCAAGUUAAUUAUUAAUUUCCUAAUUGACUCAUUUCAGUGAUUUAAUUAUUUUGCUUCUGCUUUGAGAUGUAGAACCGAAACCCUCUUUAACAUAAGGUAUCAGAGAGUUUAUUUCUCAAAAUGUUUUAAUGUCCAAAUACUUUGGUGGAAUAAUGAACCCUUACUCAGUAGUAAUAUAACUCACAUUUAUUAGCACUUGUGCUUUAUCUCAUUAAUGCUCAUGGCAAAGCCAUAAAGGUACUAUUACUUAAAAUCCUCUUUUACAAUGGUGAAACGGAGGCACAGAGAGGUUAAGUAAUUUUUCUAGGGUCACCCAGUAGUAAAUGGUGGAACCAUGAUUUGAACUCAAGCAAUUUGACUCCAGAGCCCAUGAUGAAAUCCUGGGGACAAAGGAGGGUCGGUGGAGAGUGGGAGACUGUGCUUCAUGUCCGCUUUCUUAAAUCUAAUGACAAACACAGAAAAAACAGAUUGGUUUGUUUCCAUUCCUCUCAGAGAAGAGUGUCAAGAGCAAGUAUGCAAAACUUGGAAAUAGGUCACAGAGAAUACUGAGUACUCUUUCUCUGUAGACCUGGAUGUUGUCUAGUGACCUCUGUUCCCCGGGGGAUUAUCUGAUUUUCUAGGGCUGUGAACCUUUUGCUGACUGAUUAGGAAGGCUGUUCUGCAAGCUUACAAGAAUAGAGGUUAACUUGCAGAAAACCGAUAGCAUUACAAAUGAUUCUUGUCCAGUGACAUCACAAAGAUUAUUGCCUAGUGGGACAUUAAUCAGUUUUGCAUUUGUUAGCAAAUUUAUUUCUGCAUUCCUUUGACCAACUACAGAUCUCUAGGUCCUUGAAUUUUCUCUUGAAUCAGUCUAACGUCUCACUGGCUUCCUUAUUAAUUGAACUGAAUAAAAUCUUUAACUUCUAUUAUUUUUCUAUUUCUAUGAGAGUCAUGUUUUUAACCUUUUGAAAAUUGUACUUUGCAAAUGGUGUUGCCAACAUGAGGUCCCAUAUAAUGAUGAAACCCUAGUUCCAGCCUAAUUCAUCCUGAAAUGAAACCUUGUAAACUAGUAAAACUGUACCUUGGAACUAAGACAUUAAUAUUAAAAACUAUAAAUUGAUUAAAUAUUUAAGA